AUGGCGGCGACGAGAUCGGAUAGCAGCAACUAUCGCAACGGCAACGACGAGAUCUUAUCGCAGCAGCUAUCGCAACGGCGACGACGGCGGAGCAAGCUCCUGAUCGCAGCCAAGACAUUGACGAUGAACGAGAAUCGUGUAGAUGAAAUUUCUGUUGGUUCUGUAGAUGCUCAACAACUCCUGCAAAUUUCAACAUCUUCUGAGAAUGCAACAAAAGGCGGAUAUUAG